ACGAAGUCAAUCAAUAUGAAGAUCACUAAAAGAACAAUUUUAAUUUUGAUUCUAAGUGCUGCAAUUGUUGCAACGAGUCUCACACUUAUAACGCAACUUGCGGGAUUUCGUUGGGAAUAUAAAAAGUUUAAACAGUUCUCACUGACAUUGGUUGUCAUAAUGCUGAUACGUUACAUAUUCUUGGAACAUAUUGUAUUUGUUAUACAAGCAUUGAUUGUAACUUUCAAAGGCCAGUCAGCAGACAUUGGACCUCAGAAUGGGGAAGAAGAAUUAGAUGCAGAAAAACUAAACAAUAUUUUUAAUCCCUUGUUGACCUUAAAAUUGCGUUUGAAAAGUUUACAAUAUCAAUUGAAACUAGACGCACGUCAUAGAGAUGAAAACCUAAAUUUGGAAUAUAAACAAUUGACCGAGGAUUUUUGGCUAUUUGGAAAAUAUUUCCUAUUACUUUUACUGGUUGUAGUAUAUUCCCAGAAUUCGUAUACCUAUUACAAUACGGCCACCAUGCGCAGCCUAUUAAAUCAGAGUUAUUCUUCCAACUACAAGAUGAAGAGAUUGAUGACCAUUAAUGAUUUAUACUUUUGGAUAAAUGAUACCUUAAGAUCGGCUAUUCAUGAGGGAUAUGAUUAUGAUGAACCAGGCAGAAUAUAUUUUCCAGUCGGCAACUUAUUGGGUGUAAUGCGGCUGCAGCAGGUUAGACAUGCCAACAAGAAGAACAGCAUGUCGAAUAUGCUUUUUGACGAACAGGACUAUUUGCCCAGAUGGCAAAAAUUAAAUCGAUCCCUACCCUAUAUAGAUAAAUAUUGGCGCAUUUAUUACCCCUGGUUGUCGAAACAUUAUGAAGGUUUGUCCAAUUGGUUGAUGGUUUUCAGAAAUAUGGCUUCACUUUAUGCCUACAUCGAAAAUAAGGGUUAUGUGGCUCUGUUGGCGCGUGAUCAUAAAAAUAAUGACAAAAUUUUAAAUUUUCUUAAAGAUCAUAACUGGUUGGAUACCUCGACUGCAGCAGUUUUUAUAGAUUUUACUCUCUAUAAUGCGGAUUCCAAUAUGUUUACCAUUUGUUCCAUACUAGUGGAACAGACACCUUUUGGUGAUUUGGUUUGGCAAAUAGGAGUGGAUUCGGCAGAGUUAUUAUGGAAUAUGAAUGAAAUUACCUGGUGGUGGUGGCUGCUUCUCAUAAUGUACACAUUCCAAUUGCUGCAGUUUUGCCAAGUAAUGGUGGUACGCUCAUGGUUUAUGCCCGGAUUUUUCAAAUCCGCCUGGAAUUGGGUAGAUUUUGUUAUAGUGAUUCUCAAUGUUAUACUUUUAUUAUUUGUCAUCAUCCGAGAGUAUUAUGUCUUGUAUGUAAUGAAGACCUUUGUAUUGGCCAAAAAACUGGAAUAUGUGGACUUUCGCGUGGCCUGCGUUUUUGAUUAUACAGCUACCGUGACACUUGGAUUUCUUAUAUGCCUAGCUUCGAUACGUAUUUGGAAAAUUUUACAAUUUUCCAGUAUCUUUCGCAUAUUUAAUCGUACCCUAUAUACUUCAACAGUUCCUCUUAUUUCCACCGUUUUGGUGAUUCACAUAUUCAUUAGUGCUGUUGGUUUGGCGGCUCAAAUUUUAAAUGGUAGUUAUACCGAAAAUUUUUCCCGUUAUCUUAAAAGUGUCACAUCCAUAAUGAGCUUUUCUUUUGGAUUUAAUUCACGCUCUAGUCCCAAUGACUUAAGUCAUGGUGGUGGAGUCUUGGGUUUUAUUCUUUAUCUCAUACUAAUGUUUGUUGUCGCUAUAUUUCUUAUCAAUAUGUUUAUUACUCUUAUUUGCGAUCAUUUCUCUAACGCGCGUGAAGAAAGGGAUCAAGAAUCACCGGAUAAAUUAACUUAUUGGCAAUUUUUAAUGAUGGAAUAUUCAGGUAUAAAAGAAUAUUUUAUGAAAAAUCUGUCCAGUUUUUCUAAGAAACAAAAUAAAACAGUGAGAACAGAUAUUAAUGAUCAUAUCGAUGUGUUAGAGAAAAAAUUGCAAGAUCAAAGCAUAGCGGAAUAUGCAAAAUUACAAGAACAUUCAGUAGAUCAAUUAUAUGAUAAGGAAAUGCAAAGAGCCGAUCGUUUGCAGAACAUAGCAACUAUUUUGAAUCUACAAAUAGAAAUUUUACAUCGCUUGAUUAUGAUGCAAUCUUUAGAAUGGGAUUCAGACAGUGAUUCCUAA